AAGUACUUGGUGUAGUUGACAAGAAGGUUCGCAACAUGGAAAAGAAAAAGAGCAAGCUGGAUGAUUACCAGACAAGGAAGAACAAAGGAGAAUGUCUCAACCAGGAUCAGCUGGAGGCUUUAUCUAAAGCUCCGGAGGUGGCUCACAACUUGGACUUUGCCCAUGAGUUGCAGAAGAGCUUCCUGGCUUUAAAUGUGGAGAUCCAGAAAACAGUGAAAAAGGCAACACGACGGGAGCAGCUGAAGAGGGAGGAGGUGGAGCGCAAGCGACUGAAGGCAGUGCUGGAGGUGCAGUAUUUGCUAGAGCAGCUGGGGGAGGAAAGCGUGAGGCAGGACCUGACUCAGUCCAGUGGGGACGCCCCUGUACUCACAGAGUCAGAGCUCACGGGCCUGGAUGAGUUCUACAAGCUAAUUGGGCCUGAGCGGGACUCUAGUGUAAGGUUGGCUGAGCAGUUUGAUGAAGCAUCCGGGCAUUUGUGGGAGCUUUUGGAAGGAAGGGAUAAAGCUGUGGCUGGAACCACAUACAAAGCCCUUAAGGAAAGCUUGGACAAGAUGCUGCUAAGUGGGUACUUUGAUCGUGCUCAAACACAUCAGAAUGGAGUGUGUGAAGAGGAGACGGGGGCUGCAGCAGCAGCGGAGUCUUCAGAGAGCGAGGAACGCCCCGUUGAGCCAGAGGGAACCGCUCAAGAAUACACAGAAACUAUUGAGGAUGAAGCAACAGAGUUUGUAAACAGACAAUUCAUUCCAGAAGCCACCUACAGCAGCAGUGACAAAGAGCAAGGAGCAGAGUGGAACACAAGUUCUCCGGCAGUUAGUGCCCUCCAGCAACCACAGCAGCCACCUGCAGCCAUGAGCCCAGCUCUGGUCAGCUCAGAACCGCACACACUGAACGCCGUCCUCCCUCCCCCUGCAGCAGAUCCCGUGGUCCGAAAGCAGGCAGUCCAAGAUCUCAUGGCUCAAAUGCAGGGUACCUUCAACUUCAUGCAGGACUCCAUGCUGGAGUUUGAGGGACCGCCUCUAGAUCCUGCUAUUGUGUCGGCACAGCCCAUGAAACCUGCACAGAUGGUCUGUCCACCAGAAUCCCGACUACCCCAACACAACGCUCUUUCUGUGCAGCCUGAACCCACGCAAGUCCCGAUGGUCUCCGCUCCAAAGGAGGCCUACUCCUCCACACCCCCUCUCUAUCAGCCCCCUCAUAACUCGGAACCCCGACCACAGACAGACUCCAUUGACCCCCUGCAGCCCCAGGUGUUUCAGCCUGUCUCCAAACCCCUUCACAGUGGCAUCAACGUUAACGCAGCUCCAUUCCAGUCCAUGCAAGCGGUAGGCCUCAACCUGUCUACCCCACCCUCUCCAAAUUCACCCCCUCAGAGUUUGUCUCUCCAUACUGCUUCUGUUCUGUUUUUCAUGCUGUGUAAGGGGCCAUUCACAAAGAACACAUUUUUGCAUUACUUUAUGCAGUUUUUUUCCAUUGGUUUUCUGUGGAAACAAGCAUUGCACUGACACGUUUGAUAGUUCUGCUCAUGUCUUGCAUCUUUUGU